GCACUGGUUUCUUGCUUGAUCGUCAGUCUGUUUAGUCGAACCGCAGCAUUCGCUCCCAACGUCGCCAGCUGCUCGGACUAUCGUAGAGAGUAUAAUUUUGUUUCUUUUCCCUAAGUUUCUUAAUCCCAAACCAUAACCAUGUCCGAUGAAGAGGAGUACACAAAGCCACCUCAAACACCAGCCGAAGGUGAGGGUGAUCCAGAAUUCAUUAAGCGUCAGGAUCAAAAGCGCUCCGAUCUCGAUGAGCAACUGAAAGAAUACAUCAAUGAAUGGCGUAAACAGCGUGCCAAGGAGGAGGAUGAGUUGAAGAAGCUCAAAGAAAAACAGGCCAAGCGCAAGAUCUCGCGCGCCGAAGAAGAACAAAAGAUGGCGCAACGCAAGAAGGAAGAGGAAGAGCGUCGCGUACGUGAAGUUGAAGAGAAGAAACAGCGCGAAAUCGAAGAGAAGCGUCAGCGUCUCGAGGAGGCCGAGAAGAAGCGUCAAGCUAUGCUGCAGGCCAUGAAGGACAAGGACAAGAAGGGACCCAAUUUCACUAUUGCCAAAAAGGAGGCAGGCGUGUUGGGACUCUCAUCCGCUGCCAUGGAGCGUAACAAGACUAAGGAACAAUUGGAGGAGGAGAAGAAAAUCUCUUUGUCGUUCCGCAUCAAACCUCUGGCCAUUGAAGGUUUCAGCGAAAGCAAAUUGCGUGAGAAGGCCCAAGAACUGUGGGAACUCAUCGUCAAAUUGGAAACUGAAAAGUAUGACUUGGAAGAAAGGCAGAAACGUCAGGAUUACGAUUUGAAAGAAUUGAAGGAAAGACAAAAGCAACAGCUCAGGCACAAAGCCUUGAAGAAGGGUCUCGACCCUGAGGCUUUGACUGGCAAAUACCCGCCCAAGAUUCAAGUCGCCUCCAAAUAUGAGAGACGUGUAGACACACGCUCAUAUGACGACAAGAAGAAGCUCUUCGAAGGUGGCUGGGAAGAAAUCGGCAAGGAGGUGAAUGAGAAGAUCUGGAACGAGAAGAAGGAUCAAUACUCAGGCCGCCAGAAAUCCAAACUGCCCAAGUGGUUCGGCGAACGACCAGGCAAGAAGGCCGGCGAACCCGAGACACCCGAAGGCGAGGAAGAUGCCAAGGCUGAUGAAGAUAUCGUCGAAGAUGAAGAAGAGGUCGAAGAGGAGGUUGUCGAAGAGGAAGAUGAGGAGGCCGAGGAAGAGGAAGAAGAGGAGGAGGAAGAAGAAGAAGAAGAAGAGGAGGAAGAAGAGGAAGAAGAAGAAGAGGAGGAGGAAGAGGAAGAAGAAUAAAUUAAUUUAACUACUUUAAUAAAAUUUAAAAACAAAGAAAAUAGUUAUUAUUAGCUUAUUCGAUCAACCAACAAAAUAAAACAAAAAAAAAUCCAAAAACAUAUAUAUAACGAGCGAAUAUCAGAAGAAGAAGAAGAUGCAGUAAAAAGAACAUAUUUAAAUGUGGAAGACUGCUGAAAU